CUAUUCCCUUCUCGGGCAAUUCCCUGUCCCAGACGUGCUGCAGAUGGAGGCCCCUACCGUCGUCUUCGCUUCGGCUCCCGCGAUCACUGCCGGCGUACCGCAGCAUAAGAUUCUCGACCUGAAGGUGAUGCCGGCUACGGCGCCUCAGGCGCCGGCGAGGAAGACUAAAUUGCCCAAGAAGAAGCUGGCCGGCGGCGGCGGUGGGUAUGUCCUCGAGGACGUGCCGCACCUCACCGACUUCCUCCCUCAGCUCCAGAGCUACCCCAAUCCCCUCCAAGACCAUCCCGCCUACUCCGUCGUCAAGCAGUACUUCGUGAACGCGGACGACACGGUGUCCAAGAACAUCGUCGUGCACGAGAACAGCGCGCGCGGGACGCACUUCCGGCGCGCGGGGCCGCGCCAGCGCGUCUACUUCCAGCCGGACGAGGUGUCGGCGGCCAUCGUCACCUGCGGCGGGCUCUGCCCGGGGCUCAACACGGUCAUCCGGGAGCUCGUCUGCGGCCUCCACGACAUGUACGGCGUCACCAACGUCGUGGGCAUCGAGGGCGGCUACAAGGGCUUCUACGCGCGCAACACGGUGGAGCUCACGCCGCGCUCCGUCAACGGCAUCCACAAGCGCGGUGGCACCGUGCUCGGCACCUCGCGCGGCGGCCAGGACACGGCCAAGAUCGUCGACAGCAUCCAGGACCGCGGCAUCAACCAGGUCUACAUCGUCGGCGGCGACGGCACGCAGAAGGGCGCCGCCGUGAUCCACGAGGAGGUCCGCCGCCGCGGUCUCAAGUGCGCGGUGAUCGGCGUGCCCAAGACCAUCGACAACGACAUCGCCGUCAUCGACAAGUCCUUCGGCUUCGACACCGCCGUCGAGGAGGCGCAGCGCGCCAUCAACGCCGCGCACGUCGAGGCCGAGAGCACCGAGAACGGCAUCGGCGUCGUCAAGCUCAUGGGCCGCAACAGCGGCUUCAUCGCCAUGCACGCAACACUCGCCAGCCGCGACGUCGACUGCUGCCUCAUCCCGGAGUCCCCCUUCUUCCUCGAAGGCAAGGACGGCCUACUCGCGUUCGCCGAGAGGCGCCUCCGCGACAACGGCCACAUGGUCAUCGUCCUCGCCGAGGGCGCCGGCCAGGACCUCAUUGCCAAGGGCAUGCCCCUCGCCGACACCCACGACGCCUCCGGCAACAAGCACCUCCUCGAUGUCGGCCUCUGGCUCUCCCACAAGAUCAAGGAGCACUUCAGGAAGAAACCCAACUGCCCAAUAAGCCUCAAGUACAUCGACCCGACCUACAUGAUCCGCGCCGUGCCCUCCAACGCCUCCGACAACGUCUAUUGCACGCUGCUGGCGCACAGCGCCCUCCACGGCGCCAUGGCCGGCUACACCGGCUUCGUCGUCGCGCCCGUCAACGGCAGGCACGCGUACAUCCCCUUCUACAGGAUCACCGAGAAGCAGAACAAGGUGGUGAUCACCGACAGGAUGUGGGCCAGGGUGCUCUGCUCCACGAACCAGCCCUGCUUCCUGAGCCCCGAGGACGUCGAGAACGCGAGGCAGCUGGACGAGGAGGAGCCACAGAUCCCGCUCAUCGAGGGCCAGAACUCGCUCGUCAAGGCUUCGCCCAUGUCAAUGUGCAACGGCCAUGGCCAUCUCUGCAAUGGCACGACGUACUGAGGUGCAAAGGGUUCACUUGUAGUACAUGUAACAGUAACCGUAGAAUAGACGUUGUCAAGAUUUUUUCCUCAUUCUUUCUCUGAGUUGCUGCUAUAGAGCAAGGUUUAUACGGAGGAGAAAAAACAUGUAUUCUUUUGUAUGCUUCGAAAUAAUUAUA